GUUUCGAAUGUAUUGACGCCGAUCAGGAUAUACUUCGGAGUGAUCGGAUCGUUUCUGGUGUUCCUGUCGUCCGACUACUUGCGAUACAAGCCGGUGAUGAUAAUCAACGGGAUGCUGGGUAUGGUGGCAUAUGUCAAUUUGAUCAAUUCGCCCACCACGUUUCGAAUAAUGAUGACCGAAGUCUGCUUGUCGCUUUUCGCGUGCAUCGAGAUGACGUAUUACGGUUACCUGUACUCCAAGAUCGAGGACAAAGAACACUAUCAGAUAGCCACGGGAUUCGCAAAAUCCGGAAUGCUGAGCGGCACGUGCGUGGGCGGCCUCCUGGGUCAACUGGUGGUCUACUUCAACGAUUGCAAUUACUCUGUUCUGCCUUACUACAGCCUCGCCUUCAUGACAUUUGCGACCACGUGGGCGUGCUUCUUGCCGUCCGUCGGAAACAGCAAAACGGUCAUUCAUAAAGGAGACGUCGGCGACGAUGGUUUCUUAAAUUCGGCCAUCCGAGACCCAGGCAUAUCCAAGUACUCAUCAACUGAAAAAGCCAACAAACCAAACAUCGUGCCGUCUGCGAUUCUGUUCAACCACUUCAGCGACUUCAGACAUUCAUACGCAGACCGUAAGGUCUUGAUGUGGUCCAUUUGGUAUGUCAUAGCCAUGGCCGCAUUCACACAAACGAAUUUGUACGUAAAUAUUUUGUACACUUACAUCGCAGACGAAUCAGGCGAUAAACACAUGUUGCUAAAUGGCUUGAUCGAUUCUCUGGCCACCAUGUGCGCGGCGAUUAGUACUUAUCAAAUCGGCAAGGUGAACGUGAACUGGAAUGAACACGGAUACACGUUCUUGGCUUUUAUUUCUCUGGUGAUCGCAUUGCUCCUGUCCCUAGGCUACUGUUCAAAAAACAUCCUUGUCGUGUACAUGAUGUACAUCUGCCUCGACACAAUAGUGCAAUCCAUCUUCGUCAUCGCCAU